UCGAGCAUCGUUUGUAUCGCUUCAACUUCCUGGACUCUUUCCUUUUAGUAUACCAUGAAGACUACCUUUUGCCUUGCCGUAUGUGUGGCUUCCGCCGCUGCCUUUGUUCCGGCAACCAAGCCGUCCUUUGGAACCAAGCUUGCUGCCAAGCAGAACUUCUUGGAAGCCGAGCCGUACUUUGACCAGUCCACCGUUCCGGUUAACGUGUACAAGAACAAGGCCCCCUUCACGGGCAAGGUUGUUUCCAGCAAGCGCAUCGUCGGACCCAAGGCUACCGGCGAGACUUGCCACAUUAUUAUCGACCACAAUGGAGACUUUCCCUUUUGGGAGGGUCAAUCCUGGGGAGUCAUUCCCCCGGGCACCCGUGAAAAGGACGGCAAGCCGCAUUCGGUCCGCCUGUACUCAAUCGCCUCCACCCGCUACGGAGACGACAUGACCGGCAAGACGGGUUCCCUUUGCGUGCGUCGGGCGACCUACUGGUGCCCCGACCUCAAGGCCGACGAUCCGGCCAAGAAGGGAAUCUGCUCCAACUUUCUGUGCGACACCAAACCCGGUGACGAAGUCAACAUGACCGGACCCGCCGGGAAAGUCAUGCUUUUGCCCGAAGAAGAACCGGACACGGACUACAUCAUGGUAGCCACCGGUACUGGUAUUGCCCCCUACCGUGGCUUCGUCCGUCGUCUUUUUACGGAAGAAACUCCAGCAGGAGAAGCUUACAAGGGCCAAGCCUGGCUCUUCCUCGGCGUCGCCAACAGCGACGCUCUUCUCUACGACGACGAGUGGCAGACGGUCCUCAAGGAAUACCCCGAAAACUUCCGCCUCGACUACGCGCUUUCCCGCGAACAGGAAAACAAAAACGGUGGCAAGAUGUACAUUCAGGAUAAGGUGGAGGAGUACGCCGACGAAAUCUUUGCCAAGCUGGACAGUGGAGCCCACAUUUACUUCUGCGGCCUCAAGGGUAUGAUGCCCGGAAUCCAGGACAUGCUCAAGUCCGUCUGCGAAGAAAAGAAAGUCGACUACGACGAAUGGCUCAAGGGACUCAAGUCCAAGAAGCAGUGGCAUGUGGAAGUCUACUAAAGAGAAACAAGGCCAUCUUGUCGUCCCGUACCGGGCGUCCUCGUUGGGGCGUGUGGUGCGACGCAACGACGACAUGUGUGUUUUGUAGACUCCUGACUUUUUACCUAUAGGUAUAUACCCCACUCACCCACGCACUAGAGCUUUCUUCUAAUUCAAUACGAGUAAUACCAAAGAGCUUACCAU